AUGUCGAAGACAACGAUCCCAAUGGCCUUGAAGGAAGUCAAUGAGUACUUGGAGAAGCAGAUUGCCUAUCUGUCAGGGGGCCGGGGAGAAGAGUCCAGCGUGAUCAUCACACUCCCAGAAUGCUCCUCUUUCAGUGAGAUUCCUGAGGAGGCCCUGGCCAAAGUUCUGAUGUACCUCACUCUGACCCCACGAAAGCGCCAGCCUGGAGUGAAAUUUAUCAUUAUUCUGGACCGCAGAUUGGACACCUGGAUGUCUAUUAAGACAGCUCUGGCGAGGAUUGCGAGUCCAGAUGGCCUAAGCUGCAUCGCCGACUUUGCGGCUGCCCGCUUCCCCGGCUCCCAGUCCCGGAGCGCAGUCACACCGCGGCACCGGCGGCACCGGGGAGGCUGGGAGAGCAGGGGGGAGGACAUCAUUCCCAAGUCGCCCUCCUCAAAAGCCCGAAACCACCCUCUGCGAUGGCGGAGGCGAACCCGCACCGAGGUGGUGAUGCUGAGCUCUGUCACAGACCUGCUGCACUACAUCGACGAGAACCAGCUGACCCAGGACUUAGGCGGCACACUGGAGUACUGCCACAGCGACUGGAUCCUCCUGCGCUCGGGCAUCGAGAGUUUUGCGGUGACCGUGAAGGAGAUCGCCCAGAUGCUGCAGGCCUUUGGAACAGAGCUGGCCGAGACAGAGCUGCCCAAAGAGGUGACCGCCACAGAGUUCCUCCUGAUGUCUCACACGGCUAAGUACAGGCAGCUGAAGGAGGACAUCAGGACAGUGAUGAGGAAAGGGCGCCAGCUGUUGUCCAGCCUGGAGGCGUCUGGGACAGUGGAGGCGGCGUCCGAGCAGAAGAGAGAUGCAAGUCAGGACUGGGAGACAGUACAGAGGCUCCUGGCCCAGCUGCACGACAUGGAGACGGCGUUCGAUGGCUUUUUCGAGAAGCAUCACCUGAAACUGCAGCAGUACCUGCAGCUGUGCAGGUUCGAGAGGAGCUUCCGUGAGAUGGAGCUGUCUUUGCAGCAACUGUUGGCCCAGGAGAGAGAGCACCCAGGCAUGGGGGACAGUAUGGCCCAGACUGAGCAGUUUGUCAGAGACCUGGACACACUGGACGCCGAAGCUCAGCAUGAGAUGAGUCGUGCACAGAUCCUCAUUCUGCAGGGGCACCAGCUGGCUGCCAGCCACCACUACGCCCUGGCACUCAUCUGCCAGCGCUGCAAUGAGCUGCGCCACCUGUGCGACGUGCUGACCGCCGCCCUGCGGGCCAAGCGGGAGUCCCUCGGCCGCGCCCAGGACCUGCUGUCCCGGCUGGAGCAGGCUAUGUGCUGGUGCCAUGAAGCUGCCUACCUCCUGGCUGACCAGCAGGUUGAUAAGUUCCAGUCGAAGGAGGGGGCGCAGGCGGCCCUAAGGGAUAUUGAAAGAUUCCUGGAGGGCACCCCCCCUCCCCUGAGCGGUGGUCCUGACGCGCUGACGCUGGAGUUUGAGUCCAUUCUCACUCCCCAGCUGCAGGCUGAGAUCGGCAGGGUGCAUGACAAACUGGGCGCCAUGCGGGGCACCAUCCAGAAUCGCCAGACCUCUCUGCGCAAGCUGGCAGACAAGCAAGUGCGCCCCAUCCAGCUGGUGGCUCCCCGGCCCGAGACCCCGACCCGGUCCAAGUCCCCCCUUUUCUCUCCCAAGCACGGUGAGGCAGCCCCGAGAACUGUCACUCACUUCUGUCUCGCCCUGCCCAGCAGUGCCUUGCAGGUGUCGACUUCCCGGUGUCCUGUGACAGGUGUCCUGUCUCAUAGACAUCCCAGCCUAAGGAAACCGGGCGGCGCGAGGCCCACAGUGGCUCAGGCCGCGUGUGCGCUGUGUUGCCAGGGGGACCUGAGCGACCUGGGCCGGGUGCUGAUGCAGGGCUCCUUCAGCGUGUGGAUCAGCCACAGGAAGGGCCCCACCAAGAUGAAGGACCUGGCACGCUUCAAGCCCAUGCAGAGGCACCUGUUCCUGCACGAGAGGGCGCUGCUCUUCUGCAAGAGGAGGGAGGAGCAUGGGGAGGGCUACGACAAGACCCCCUCCUACAGCUUCAAACACUGCCUGAAGAUGAGUGCUGUGGGGAUCACGGAGAAUGUGAAAGGAGACAUUAAGAAGUUUGAGAUCUGGUACAGUGGCCGAGAGGAGGUGUAUGUGGUGCAGGCCCCCUCAGUGGAGGUGAAGCUGGCCUGGCUCAGUGAGAUCCGGAAAAUCCUCACCAACCAGCAGAAACUCACCCGAGACGACUCUCUCCAGCCCAGUCCUGCCUCAGACCACAUCCAGCUCUCCCCUCCUCUGUUUGACAGAGCCGCACAGUGUGGGGGGGCACAGACGUCCUGGGGCGCUCUCUCUCAGCGGUCUCUCCUGUCCUGGUCCAGGUGGGUGAGGAGCCUGAGCCGCCGGCAGGAGGGCAGGGUUUCCGCCGGCAGCCUGCAGGAGGUCCUGGGCGAGAGCCGGGUGCUCUCAGGCAGACUGGGAGACCCAGGUAACCUAAAAACAAGAAAACUCAGCUCUCCGUAGGCCAGCGCAGGGGCUCUUCCUGUACGGAGCCCAGGACACUCAGAGAUAAGCGAACGAGGACUCGUCUUCAGACGUGGAGGUGCUCGGUGGGUAUAUAUCUUGCAAAGUGAUGUGACGGCCAGCCAGGCUCCGCAAAGGGGGGGAAGGAGUCUUCCUUCCUGACGCCCAUUUUAAUUUCUGCCCAAGUGGCCACUGAAAGAUGCAUUCCUGGACACCACCCAUCCUGAGGCUUCCAGUGCCCUCAAUGGGAUCGCCCGCUCCAUCUGCUGCCUUGAGAAACGCCAGCCCCUGACUGCAGGAGGAGAUCGCGGGCUCCUCGUGGCUCGAGUCCAGAGGGUCAGAGCAGAGCGGGACAGUUCUCUCUGGGCCGACCGACAUGAACAAUGAGGGGAGGGGGGGUGGAAGGAUUUUGCACGAUCAACCACUGAGCCCAGAGGAAAUAUCUACUAAAGUACCUGAUCUCAAGCCGCAACACACUGGUGGGCGCAGAAGGAGUUCUGCCAGUGCAACACUAGCUAGGGUAACUGGCCCCCAGCCACUGGCAGACAUCUGGCUGGGACUCUGUCUUCUAACAUCAGCAUUUUUGGGACCUAAGGUACAUUGUUUAAAGAGCAAGCCUUUGGGAUCUCCAGUCUUUACAAAAGCAUUUUUAUUGAUUUAUAAUAAACUCGUGGUGUUUCAGAUGCCUGGAGAAGGCAAAAAAAAAAGUCUUGCACCACAUUUUUAACUGCAUGGGGCUCUGACAGCACUACUUUCAGAGGCUCAGUUAUUCUUCACUUGCAUACUGUACUGAAGUUUGAUCAAAGUAGACGCUGUCUCUACCGGCACUGUGUUAUGAGAGCCCCCCGCCACAGUGAAGCUGCAGGGAAAAGCUUCAGGUCUUCUAUUUAAUACACGAGACACUUUCGCGGCCAGGUCACUAUUAGCUGGAGGUUCCCCUGAAUGAGGGUAGCAAAUUGCUUCUGGAGCAGGGUGACCCCUUUUUUUAAACUGUCCUUAAAGAUAUUGAAUAGAUAGAGGAACCAGAAUAUGUUGCAGACAUUUUUAAAAUUUUUCUGUAGUUCAUGAGGCUUAAGGCUUGUGUGAGUCAGAAACCAGCGUGCUUUCUCUUUACAUGUGCUAUGAACUCAAUAUGGUUUAUUGAGAAAUAAUUUUUGUCAAAGCUCACGUCACAUUGAGGGACUACAGACACACGGUGCAGCACAGUGUGGUCGAGCUGUUGCCCCAGCAGUCAAUAGAUAUCACGAUAGUCAACUUCUUGUUUGCAUUCCUGUCUUCUCAUCUUCUUCUGAAAACGUUCCCUGUGGGAAAGAGAAACAUAAUCGAUUCAUGUAACUAAUGCACGAUUCGUCUCAUGUUUGGACAACAAUUACUACUGGAAGAUUUAGUGGAAAUGAGACUUUCCUUGGUCAAAGAACAAGAUAUUUUUUUACACAGCAAAAUGGAACUUCUGCUUGCACUGUCAGUGUCCUAAGCACAGGGCCUGACCCUGACCUUGGUAUCAGAAGGAUCUAAUCAAGACUGACAAGAGUCCAGAACUCCAGGAGAGUUGACCCUGCAGCCAUUUCUGUAAGAAUGGAAAUGGUUUUGUUUAAAUGGAAACUUUCAAAGGCUUCAAAAGUAAUUGUUACUUCAUUCUCUGCGAGACUGAGGGAACUGACGUGAACCGAUGGAUCUUGCACAUUAUGUGGAUGCCCUGAUGAUGUCAAGGAAAGAAAAUGAAAAAAAUAAAUACAGUAUUUUCUUAGCCUUUUUCCAGGAGGGGAUAUAGUAUUCGGAACCAUAAAUUAUUAAGAGUUUACAUGCCAAAAAAUACAAAGCUGUGCCAUAAAUCAAUUGUACAACUUUUAGCCUUUUCUCUUUUUCUUAGACAGAAUUGGUAUUUUCAGCAAUAUGCAGUGCACUGAACUCCUGAUUCUGUCUGGACCCCAGCUCUUGAAAAUUUCAAAAGGCAUGAUAAAGCAUGUAAAGAAACAGCAACAGUUGAAAUAAGUAUGUUUGAGCUUUGUGAGGACAGAGGUGUGUGUUUGGAACUGUGCGGCACUGGUUCUGCACACUCAAAGUAUUUCAGUGAAGAGGAGGAGCCUCUUGCCUUUCAACACUAAAUUUGACCUUCCGCAAAUUACUGAAAAUUGUAAAAGUGUAUUUCGGUGAACACUUCACUUAAGUACUGGUGGCCAAUGUCACCUGGACAGGUCAUAAUUGUAGAAAGCAACAAUUUAUCAAUGUUAGUCCUGAAUGUCCAACAAGCUCCACUGCCAGAACUGUUUGGAAGAUUGAAGUGACUGCAAUGUGUGUCCACUGGUGAUUCACAGGACUCACGAUUUAAAACAAAAGAAGCUGUAAAAUUAACAGGCAUUUCCCCCAAUACAUUCAUGAAAAGGUCACUAAGUGAUUGUGCUUGUAAGAACGCAAAACAAUGUGUGAGUCAAUACUGUAUGUUUUUUUAAUUCUUAGAAUUAUUGUAUGAGGAAAAAACUCAAUUAAGUUUUGUAACACUUCAGAAUGAAAAACUGCAUGUACUUUUUUUCAUGGGUAUGACUGUUCAGAUAAGCUUAGGGCUCCUUUUAAAAAGGAUUGCUCCAGGAACACGCACAGCACCCAUGAUGUCUAACACUUAAAUAUUGAUUGGAGAAUUAUGUGGAUUUAAAACAUCAAAUCAGAGCGCAGUUCGAGGACAGCCUUUGAUUCUUUUCUGUUUGAAGUGGAAAUUAGAAUGCAAAUCAGUCAAAACAGCUCUGAUUUAUUUGUCACGUUUUUUUUCCUGGCAGAGCAAAAUAGCUAGUUAGCUGCAGGCAUUUGUAUUCAUGUGCACUAAAAAAAACUGUAAUUGCAGUGCUGUGCAUAUGUUUUAGCUCAAAUAUUAUCUCUUCUUUUACUUCUUUUUUAAGCCUUAUGAAAUUUCCGCUAUUUUUUGCACUGAAAUUAACUGCUUAGAAAUAGGCUUGAAAGUUCUGUCCUUUGGCGUGGGCACAGCUUGCUGCAGAAUAUUUUGUUGUAAGAAAAUGCAUGACUGCAAGAUUGCUGAAUGAUAGCGUAGGUUUGAGGUUAAUAUCGUAAUUAUUUCGAUUGUUAUGUAUUUGUACAGCCUCUCUGUUGUAUAAAAGGACAAA